AUGGGUCAGCUUAUCUCUGGUCCAGUGACUUUUAAAGAUACCAAGAUGUGGCAAAAUUCCCAGUUCAUGGUUGCCGCAUCCAGUAUGCAAGGCUGGCGAGUGCGAAUGGAAGACGCUUAUGCCUGUUUUCUAAAUCUUCCCUCCUCUUUAAAUGAUCCCGCUUCUCCGAAUUCCUCUCAGUCAAAUUCCACCGCCUACAUUGCUGUCUUUGACGGUCAUGGUGGAACUAAAAUUUCAGAGUAUGCUGCCUCUAAUCUUCAUACUAAGAUUAUGUCCCAACCAGCUUAUGCUCAAGGUGAUCUUGUGGAAGCUAUGCGUUCUGGCGUUCUUAAACUUGACGCUGAAAUGCAGGCAAAGUUUUCAGGCUACUCCUCUCCCCAACCAACGCAAAAAUGUUCCUUUGCUAUCCCCUCCGAUUCCCUAGAACUUCCCGACUUAGAAGGUUCCAAGCCCCUUUCAAGUGUGGACGUAGGGGGGUCUACUUGCAUCGCCUUGCUUCUCCGUGGAAACCUCGUCUAUUGUGCUAAUUGUGGUGACAGCCGUGCAGUUCUGAGUCGUCAAGGUUUAGCAGAGGCCCUUUCGGUUGAUCACAAGCCCACGAUGGUAUCAGAGUGGAGUAGAAUUGUUGCCGCGGGUGGUUGGGUAGCGGCUAAUCGAGUUAAUGGAAACUUAGCCCUGUCUCGUGCCCUUGGAGACUUUGUCUAUAAGCGGAAUACGUCUCUAGCAGCAGAGGAGCAGAUUGUCUCGGCUGAACCAGAAGUCACACAGUGUGAACUCAGGCUUGCAGAAACUGAUGAGUUUAUCGUGAUUGGAUGUGAUGGAAUCUGGGAUGUAAUGACCAAUCAGGAGGUCAUUAGCUAUGUAAGGAGUAGGCUGGCGAAUGGCAAAUCGCCUGAUAAUAUAUGUGAGGAGCUGAUGAUGCAUUGUCUGGCACCCAAUUGUAACCCUAACGGCCUUGGAUGUGAUAACAUGACGGUAGUUAUUGUUUGUUUUCUCAAUGGAGGAACACUGGAGGAUCUCAAAGAACGCUGUUCAAAGCAAUGUCCGGCUGGAGACGCUAUAGAUGUGAUAUCUUAA